CGUUACCGAAGCUAAAUAGUGAAACUGAUGGGUGAAAUAGCUAAACGAACGUCAAUUUAUUCAAUCAAGAGGUCUGUUCUCUUUAACUGAACUGGCUGUACUUGCAGAAGUUAUCUUUUUCUUUUCAAUGUAGAGUAAAAAAGAUAACCUCUGAACUAGUGCAGUGAGUCAGUUGAGGAGAAUAGACCUGAUGCUGAAUGCAUUCAUGGAAUUUUUUUCAAUCAUUGUGAGUUUUGAAGCUGUAGGCCAUGACCAUGAAUGCUAAUGCGAUCGCGUGUUCGGUCUGACGUCUAGUCUGACGUAUUUCUACAUACAUAUGAAUGACACAUUUUUCAAUCGUAUUAACUUAUAUCAUGUGUCAUCAUAUAUAAUUUUUCUAUUCAUUUCGAGAACAAAUAAAAAUUAGCUUGUGUAAACGAUAACGGGAACGACUGAAAAAAAUGGUGACAAGUGACAUUUAGUAACGUAUAGUUAACCACGUGUGUAGACUUGGUCCGUUGCUUUUAAUUAUUACUCUCCGAGUAAAUACUGAACUGGCACGCAAUUGCUUUUUUAAUUAGAAAGUUCAACAGUGUUUCUAAUGCUACCUAGCUAGUUGCUGUGUAGCAGUGAGAGAGUUAACUCCAACUUGCCAUCAUGAUACAAGGAGGAUCUAAGAAGCUUUGCAAUAUUAUACACAAGAUUACAACAUCUAUAGGAAAGAAUUAUGGAACGGCGCAAAUAGCAUCAUUACAACAAGCUGCUUUGAAGGAACGUUGUAUACUUAUAGACAAAUUGGAUAGACCUAUCGGCGAAGCUACAAAAGAAUUUUGUCAUGAAAUUAAUGCAAAAGGAAGUAUACCGCUUCACAGAGCAUUCAGUGUUUUUUUAUUCAAUAACAAAGGAGAGUUGUUACUUCAAAAACGAUCUAGUAGUAAGAUAACAUUCCCAGAUCAUUACACAAAUACUUGCUGCAGUCAUCCAUUGGCAGAAAUUCCAUCUGAAAUGGAAGAGAAGAAUGCUAUGGGUGUACGCAGAGCAGCAAUAAGAAGACUCCAUUAUGAACUGGGUAUACCUAAUGAUGCAAUCAAACCUCAUGAAUUCUUUUAUUUAACAAGAAUCUACUAUGAAGCAAUGAGUAAUACACGUUGGGGUGAACAUGAGAUUGAUUAUGUGUUGUUCUUGCAAAAAGAUAACAUCACUAUAGAUCCUAAUCCUGAUGAAGUUAGCGAGGUUCGAUGGAUGCCUAGAGCAGAGAUUGAAAAUUUUGUGAAGACUACGAUACCACUGACACCAUGGUUCCGUCUAAUGUAUCAAUACAAACUAUUACAUUGGUGGGACAAUCUACAUACUAUAAAUAAAAUGCAAGAUCUCGAUAAUAUAACUACAUUAAAAUAACUACAUUAAAAUACUAUAUAAAAUAUCAAAAUGAUUCAAGUGAAAGCACAAAGUCUGAUCACCAAAGAUUUUUUCAUGUAUAUAUUGCAAUUCUGCAAACUGAUAAUAUUUUGUAGCUUAAAAUAAUAAAUGUCAAAUAUAUGGGAUCUGAUCGUACCUGUAUUUUUAA